UACCCCAUGCAUUGUGCAUGCACAUAAAAGUUCUGUCUAAAAACACAGCAACAGAAACGAGUAUUUCGUGUUACACUGUUUAUAACCAGAAAAAUACACAGACACAAACCAUGCAAAAUAAAUGUCCACGUGCAGUUCAAACUGAAUUAUUCAUACAAGGUGUUUCAGUUAAAACCACAUUUGUAACAAAAUAGAGCCGUUUAUUGAUUCCAGUGUUAGCCGGCGACUGAAGAAGACGAAGUGACCGAGGUAGCCUGCAAGUACCUCGCAGCCCCGCCCCGAGGGACGUAGGGAGUGAGUGAAGACAGGAGCAGAACCAGCGGAGGGAGAGUCUCAAGCCAGGAAGUGAACAAUGUCAGUGCCAUUGGGCUGUGUUGCACACAAAACGUUGUGGUAUAAAACAACGGAGAAGCGCGGCGUCAGGCAGGCAGACAGGGGGCGGAAACUUGCCUUUUCUUCGCCGCAACUUUGUAACCAACUACAGCAGCAGCAGUAGCUGCUUCUGGUUUUAGUACUGCCAAGAGCAGAAUGCUGAGGUUUUAAAACCAUCAACUUUUCAGAAAAAGCAAGGGGCUCCUCGCUAGACUCGUACUGCUGUCCGUCUGCGGGAAGGAGACUGCCGGGGAAAGCUCAGGUCUAAGGAUUUCCAAGGGGGUUCGGAUUUCAUUUGCAGUUUGAACGCACUGCUCGAGCAUUGCUGUCUGCAAAGAUGCAUGAAAGGCAAAGCGGCGCUUUUUGUGAAAGGAGCUAGCAACCAGUUUUAAUGUGCCUUUUUUUUCGAAAUGAGAAGUUGCUGUUUUCUUUAAAAAAAAACGCGUCGUAUUUUUAAAGAAUUGAAAUUUGCACGGGAAUACAAAGCAAAAAAAGGUCUGGAUGUAUUUUGUUUUAGUAGCUGUUUUCGCUUGCCUGUCUGCUGCUGCACCGACGGACCCGUGUGUUGUUACUGGAUGCUUGCAAUACUGUGUUUGCAAGAUGAGGCGAAAGUUUUAGCAAGUUAUGCGGUACACGAGGAUGGAUUUAAAAGGGAAAUGCAUGAAUGAUAUUUCGGAUUUGUGACAUUUUCUGGAAGAUUUUUAAAAUAACAGAUAGUGUGAGAAGGUGGUUAUAUACCGGUGCUUUGGAGAAGGCGUGAUAAAAACACACCAUGCUUGAAUACCACUAGACUGAUCAUCGUUGUCAGAAAUAAUUUACAGUGCAGUACUUCUAAUAGAGUCGAAGAAAAAGACAUAUCGGUAACCCUUUGGGUAUUUGGGAGAAACCUGAAAGAAGAAGACCUAUUCAACAAUAAACAAAUACGCUGUCUGUAAAAUCACUGAUCCCUGUAUUGAUAAAUUCCAAUGACACCGUCAGCAAGGCGCAAACGAGGUUCGAUAGCCGACCUGUUCUGUUGUAUGCGGAUUGGAAAGUGAAAAUUCUUCAUAUGAUAUUUAGAUGUUGAGUUGACACUAUUAUUAUUAUUAUUAUUACUAUUUCUUUCUUUUAUCACAUUGUCGAGGCUAGCCAUAAUGUUCCAGCUGGAGUUGACCCUGCUAGUCUUAUCCCUUGUGUGGUGGGUCUCUCUCUGGGCGGACGACUCGGGAAAAGUCAUCACAGACCGGUAUGCCGUCUACUGGAACAGCACGAACUACAGGUUCCAGCAAGGGGAGUACACGGUGGAGGUGAGCAUCAAUGACUACCUGGAUAUCUAUUGCCCCCACUAUGAGGAGGCCCUGCCUCAGGAACGCAUGGAGCGCUACAUUCUCUUCAUGGUCAACUACGACGGCUACACCAGCUGUGACCACCGCACAAAGGGCUUCAAACGCUGGGAGUGCAACCGGCCACAGAGCCCCAACGGGCCCCUCAAGUUCUCAGAAAAGUUCCAGCUCUUCACCCCCUUCUCACUGGGCUUCGAGUUCCGCCCGGGCCACGAGUACUACUACAUCUCGUCCCCCCACCUGAACAUCGUUGGGAAGCCCUGUCUGAGGCUGAAGGUGUACGUGAAGCCAACAAAUGACUCUGUGUACGAGUCUCCGGAGCCCUUCCUCACUGAUGAUAACUCGGGCUGUGGCUUCUUGCUGUGCCCCCUGGCUCUGACAGUGUCCCUGCUGCUCUCACUCCUCCUCUCCUCGUAGCACUGUGAGGGUUCACACACGCUGGCUGGCGCACCCCUCUUCUCACCCACAACACAGACGUGGAGAAGCAAUUUCAGAGGCCUGAGGAGUUUGUGUCAUUUUUCAGAAAAAAAUGGAGAACUUCUUCAAACUAGAUGGACCUCGAUUGAAUGGGGGGAGGGGGGAGGAUUGGAUUCUGGUUUUAUUUGAAGCCCAUCUACCAACACUGUUGUUUUUAAUUGUGACUGUUUUUCAGCGUUUGUGCUUUUCCUGGUUGGUUUAUAUGUGCCAGUUGCCAGGGGGUCGACAUCAUUUCCUGUUCCCAUUUUUCACAACAUAACAGAAGGGACAGUGGAAGGACCUUUGUUUCACGUUUUGUAACCCUUCAAUUUCAAACCUGGAUUAUGCGGCACAUUCUGAAUCUGCCAAAGACACCCAAUCUUUUUAAGCAACGUUCAAUGUAACCCUGUCAUGUGAUGGGUUAUGGGGUCACCAUGUGGCACUCGGGAGGAUAAAACAUUUUGAGUCAGUUUUUCAAAUUUUGCAGCCGGUAGUCAACCUGCCUUUUCCCUGGUGCUGACCUGCUUCUUGUCCUUUUUCUUCUUCUACUUCUUGUUCAGAAAUAAUUAACCCUUCUCUGUGAUACUACAGGAACAAAGACUCUCCUCUGUGUUUGGUUCAAAGGUUUCAUGAUCUUGCUCCACCUGGGAGCUGGAUACCACGAGACAUCAAACCGUUGUUCUCACCCAACCAAGGGAUACCUGCAGUUAAAAGAGAAUGAAGAAGCGUUUCACAGUUGUAGAGCACUCUGCAGAAGCAGCUACUGCACAGUGUUACCAACUUCAACGGCAAACUCUUCCUUAGGGCCUUGAUAAAGUUUUUAGCAGCUCAUCUUAGAUCCUGUUAUGCAAAAACCCUCUCACCCCCACACACACCAUCCUGCUGUUCUGCGUGUGUAUGUGUACACGUUUUACUGUCCUUGUCCUUGACUCCAUUUAAGUGCAGAUUCACUGUUUCAGACAUUGUCUUCACACUCCUUAAAAAUCGGACUAAUUGCAAAAAUGAAUGCCGGAAAAUAAGGUUCACGCUAGGUUACCAUGUCCCCACAAAGACUGUAACAGCAAUCUACAUAAGCACAGUGCAUGUGUACGCACACAUAUAUGCUUUCUCUCAAUCAUUCCAAAUGAUGUUUUAUAGACGCGUGUUUUAAUUUUGUCCCCCUGGCCUCCCAGGAUCUCGCUAAGUGAAAGGGAUUAUGGGAGGCAGCCUCUUGACACAUUCCAGAUGCUGAUCGAGUGAGUGCGUCCUCUCCUGGGUAGCUGCCCGGGUCCCAGUUCCUUUUUGCAGUGAUCAGUUUAAUGAACCGUUGGCAAAAAGAACGCUUCACGUAAAGCAAUAUUGAAAGCUGCCGGUGUUCAGCAGGGUGAGAUGUAGUCACUGGAAGAAUUUCUGUGCCACAGCGGACCGUUUUAGUUGCAGUGUUUACAAGAGUACGAGAAUGGGCCAAUUCAUAUGAAUGUCCCCCUUUGUAUAAUAUUGUCUAUUUAUCUUAAUGCCUGAUGAAAAUCUCAUUGACUCUCUGCGAAAGAGGUUUCAGAUACCAUGAUGUGGUAAAUGGUCUUUAAUUGUAGACCACCUUCCAGAUAUUGGUCAUUUGGUUUGACGUAAGACUGAGAAUGUGUUUCAAUGGAACCAGCAAUGCACGAAAGACACAGGGAGGGGCAGGGGGUCAGCUGUCCCUUUUAGGUCCAGUAGUCAGAGUUUCUGAUUUUAGACGUUAACUGAUGAACUUGAAAAAACAUAGAACUGAAACUGUCGCACUGUUGUUCUAGUUUGAGAAGGGCUCAGGAGGCCUCAACCCAUCAAAACCCCUUCAAAAUAUUUAGGUAUUGUAGGUAUUGUAUGAACGUAGCUAGCUCCAGAAGAUGGGGGACAAAUUCUACAUAGAGGAGUAUAAUCUCUUCUGAAAGGACAGAUUGGUAAGGAAGAGAGAGGAAUUGGGAGUCUUUACCUCAGGGAAGGACUACAAGCCAAGGAACCGGAGUCGGUUUGGGUCAAGCUGUUAGUUAAAGAGGUCUGUCAAUAUGGGCAUGACCCCAGGAAUAGAAAGAAUAGCAAAUUAUUAUGAGAGCCUAUGAGGAGCAUGAUAACGUAGGAACUGUGAAUCAUGGGUGAUUCCAGCUUCCUCAAUAUACACUUAAAAAUGUAUUUCUAAAACCAGUUAUCGGAGGGCCACUAAACACAGGCUGGCCUUAUUUAAAAUGGGCCCAGAUAACUGCUAACCCAUUAGUCAAAUACCCAUAAUCUACUAAAUAAUAAAUAUUAAGGGGUAAACUUGAAGAGUUUGCAGUGGAAUCAUAGGAGAUAGCCAGCAUGGAUUUAGAAGAGGAGGGCCCUAACUAACUAAACUUAUCAUUUUAGGAGGUUACAGCUACGGUAGCUUAUGGAAGCACUUAAAAUAUAAUUUACUUUAAAAGUGUUGAGAAAGUCAUGUAAAAUCAGAUUGGGGUGAAGUACUUGGACCCUUACCGUUCUUUAUUUAUAUAAAUACAUUUUAUUACAUUUGCAGAUGGUAUAAAACUAGAGGGAGCAGUGCGCACAGAUAAUUCACAUUUAUUUCAAAGGGAUUCAGACAUGCUGGCAAAUGAAAUAGUAAUACUGCAUAUCACAAAUGCAUUGGACAAGUACAAAAUGAAUAGGAUUGAAAGGGAUCUUGGAACGGAGAUGCAAGUCAAUGGAAAUGUUGGGUUUCGUAGACCAAAUUGGCUAAAACAAAGUCUAGGGGAAGGUUAAAUGAGACGCUCUUGUGUCUAGCUCAGUUCACAUUAUUGCACUUGAGAAGGGCAACCAGGUUAAACCACGGUUUAAGGGUACGAGCAUUAGUCUAGAUUAAAAAAAGACGGGUACGUUUAUAAAGGUUUAUAAAACCCUAAAUGGUAUAGGCAUGGUUAACCCAAAUCACGGUUUCAAAUUUAGCAUGUCAAGUUGCCCUGGAGUAAAGUUCAGAAUGGAAAGUUAACAGAAAAUGUAAAAAUAAAUAAGUGAGCGAGUGAAGGAGUAACAGCAAGGGCUAGGGACGAGCUUCUAUGGGCCGCACUGCCUCUUCUCUUCACCUGCGUUCCAUUCACUCACAGGGAUACACACACUGAUUCGGUGACUUCAUUGAGACAGCUGGAGGGUUUCUGCCACAUCCGGCAGCCGUCCGCUACGGUCAUUGAACCGGCGCUCGCUGGAGUCGUUCAAAUGUGCAAACGCUAUAACAGCUGGUUUUGUUUUGUUAUUUGUUCUGUAGGAAAAUGCAUCUGUUUUUGUAUCGUUGGUUUGUUUCUUUUAUUGCUGGGAGUAUUACAAAGUGUUUGUCGGCCGUGGUGACGAUUUGGGGCUGUGAUUAUGCUAGCCUCUCUGGUUUUUGUGAUGAUGAUGAUGAUGAUGAUGAUGAUGAUGUUUAUUAUAAUUAUUAUUAUAAUUAUAAUAAUUAUAAUAAUAUUUAAGACUGUGGUGGCAACUUAAACUCUUCUCAUAACCAAAUAAAAAUAUCAAGCAAUGGAUGACCUCCCUCAUGCAAAACGAUAGAAGCUAACUGUUGGGGAUUAACAAGAAAAGGUGAAUCCUUGAAACGAUCGACUGGGCUCAGUGCCGGAACUGUGGAGCAUUUCAACACAGGUUUAACCCUUUUGAUUUGCUUCUUUCAUUUCUAAGUUAUCGGAAUGAAACUCAUUCAAACUAAAUCAAGCAAACAAACAUUUCGGCAUAAUACACCCCACAGAUUAGCCGAAAUCGUGUCUCCGCUUGAGACCCCACCCCUGUGUUUAGUAGAGCAUUUUACAGCACUGGGGAAUCCCUCCUGGAAUUAAUAAACCACUUAUUUUUAGGGGUGAUCCCAGCAUACCCAAUGGAUAGGUUACCCUAGUGCUGUAAAACGCUCUUAUGAACUGAUCCAGGUUGAUCAAAUCGCUUUGUUUCUUGUAAUUUUUACUUAAAACUAAUAGUCAAUCAAUCAGACAUAGGUUUCAGCUAAUGCCUUCAUACAGUUUCUUAUCUCAGAAUUUACGAGUUAAAAAAACUUGCAAUAAGAUGGAGAUUAUUACAUUUCAUCAGAAUUGAUUUUUGCUAGUGAGUCCCAUAUUCUGACAAUCUAAAGCAAAACUUUUCUAAGUUUAGAUUUUGAUUUUGAUAGUAAUAACAGCAGCCAAAGUUUGUGCUCAGCCUUUGAAAUAUGAUUCUGUUCAUCUGUCAUUUCUCACAAUGAACAUUUGUGAAAAUGAUCGUCAAUAACGCUCAUUUAAUGAUUUCUGACAACCAGAAACAGUUCAUCCAAGCUCACUUGCAUGGCAAAAUAAUCCUUUUGGAGUACAUUUUGAAUCACAAAAUGAAUCCUAAAUGAAUGAAUGUGUUUUUUUUCUUUAUCUAAAUACUUUUAUUUGGUGCUGUAUUAAGAACCUCAAGUUAAAAACAAACUUAGGCAAUUUUUGCUGUAGACAAAUAUUCUAUAGGGGAAAGGGAGAAAGAAAAGGGUUGAUGUUUUAUAAACUUGUAUAGAAAUGUGUGUCAAUUGCCCUUAUAUAAAUUCUAUAGAACAGAAUCUUUAUACAGAGUGUGUACAGAAUUUGUAUAUCAAUGUACAAGGGAAAGAAUAUUCAUUUGAAAACCACAAACACCCCCCCACUGCCCCACCCAAAUGGUACAGUCCAGGCCCUUCCCCUGUCUACCAGAACUGAGAGGGAUCUAAAUUGGAACGAACUGAAAUGUAACUGAUGUCAUGGUAUUAUCAUGUAUGUGUUAUUGAAUGUGCGUUGUAUGCUUUAUAUAGCAUUCCAUGUGGUGCACUGAAAGUGCAGUGUGUUGUGUAAGGCAUGCCUUAAUUUUGGUCUUUUUUUUCAUGUUUUAUUAUAAUAUUUUUAUUAUAUUAUUAUUUGUAUUUUUUUUGUAAAAUGAAAGGUACUUGCUCUUUGUUUUGAAAUGCGAUAUUUCAGUGUAUCCCAGCCUAGCUUUUUCAUUUUCAUUUUCAGACAUUGUGGCUUGUGGUUACCAAUAAUCUACUUUUGAAUUCUGUAUUUUUUUAUAAUAAUAAAAUGGGAAAAUAAAAAUCUGUAACCAGAGAGAGA